ACCAGCGACCCUGCGGAAAUAUAGCUAGUGCACUACCACAAGUAUCAUAAAGCUCGUGACAUGAUGGUGAAGGGCCUUGGCUUUUAUGCAUACAGGGAUACUGUUAUUACUAAGGCUACAGGCUGUACAUAAAGAGCCGUGCAAGGCCAUCUAGUGGCCAUGUGGUUAUCAAGUACAGUAAAAUGUCCCCCAUGACUCAACACUAAUGUGAAGGAAAUGGAGGGGUCCAUAUUGAUAGUCUUCAUAUGGACAGGUGAUGAAAUAUUCAUGGUGCGCUUUCAACUAGCCUGUGUUUUCAGAUCAAGGCAGAUGAAGGAGAGGAAGCAACUUCAGACUAUUGAGACACAGCCUAGCCUAUAGCCCACUUGCAGCUGCUGCUGUAGUCUCAAGAUCAUGAUUUAUAUUUACAGUGGAGUCAGAGGUAAGCCUUAAUGCGUGGUGGGCACACAUAGACAGUGUAAAUAUACCCCCAGUCACCUCAGUCAGCCUUAAUGGUUGUUUUGCUCGCCUGUGUGGGUGAGCACUGGCGCCAUUGGUAAUUAUGAAGUGUGUAAGGUGGAGUAGACUAUUGGUAUGUCUGCCGGGUUGUAGCAACAUCACACAAAGACCCCCAGAUGGCGCCAUAACCUCUCGCUGAUCCGAAGGUGAGUGCGAGUUGAGCGCACUGAGGGCGAAACAAAUAUCCAAAAGCUUACAACAUUCUUUGCAAGUGAAAAAGUUAUAACAAAACAAAAAAAACUACAAAAUAUAUAAAACCUUUGUCAUAAUAACAGAUUGUAUAAUAAAGGUAUUGAAUCAUGAUAACAUGAAUUGGUAUUAAGGUGUACAAGGUGUCACAGUCAAGGGGAUUUUUCUUUGGCUUCUUGCCCACCCAUCAGUCUCCUGGUUCACGUCACACCAGACCGUCUCAUCCAGAGGAGCAGACACCUGAAGCUUCAGUCAUUCCAUGGCUUGAAUAGGAGAUGACACCACUCCAACAUAUCUAGGCUAUGGAGUAGAAACAGAUAAAUGGUUCAUUUAUUGACAACUCUCAUAAUAACAGUGGGCUAUUUGAUCAUAAUUUGCCACCUGUAUGCAAUCAUUGGAGACUUAGACAGUGGACAAUUACCUUGGAGAACUACUUUUAGAAUAGAAUGGAAUAGAAAUAUUAUCCUAAAAUAAUUUCGGCAGUUGUUUGCAGGUCUCCAUAGCGUUAUGGUGCCAUAACUGGAGUUUUACAGACUGCUGACACAGCUAUGCAAUCAACUCAGACUACCUCGAUUCACUACACCAUGCACGACUCAAAGGAAUCUCAAAUCUUACCCAUUUCAAGGGCUACAGGAUGCAACUUCUUCCCUAACCAACCAACCGGACACUGCUCGGAUCCACCGCAUGGCCAGUUGAAGUUUGACUCUCAUUCUUUUCUGGAAUAUAAUGGGAAUAACGGUCUCUACGGUCCCGGGAUGUAUGAGUUUGGGUUCCCCACCUCUUACGGUUGUUACGGAUCUUAUAUGGGCUCUUCACCUCUCACCACGGACACAGAGAAAGAGGAGAAGGAGCCAGAAGUCCGAAUGGUAAAGGGAAAACAAAAGAAAGUCCGGAAGCCCAGAACCAUCUACUCCAGCCUGCAGCUGUGCGCGCUCCAGUGCAGGUUCCGAACGAGGCAGUAUCUGGCGCUACCUGAGCGUGCGGAGCUGGCCGCUUCACUGGGACUCACACAGACACAGGUGAAGAUUUGGUUCCAGAACCGUCGCUCAAAGUUGAAGAAGCUAUGUAGAAACGGCCAGAUGCCACUGGAACAGCCGGAGACCCCGUGCGACUCCCCUAGGUCCAGCAGCUCUCCCCAGGCUACAACGGUGCACUGGGCCCCCCAUGGUAUUACCGAGACAGGAGGCUCAAGCAGUGAGCAGAACUGUAUCCCUCCAAGCAACCCAUCCUUUUACAGUAACUACUCCUGGUACUCAGUAACAGACUCUGUGGCACUCUCCCAGCAGAGUCCAGUACUAUAUCAGCCACAGAAUCCUUCAGUUGAUGUGGGUUCAAUUUAUUGAUAUACAGGACUAAAGAUAAUGAAAACCUGCUAAUGGGAAAAUCUAUGUGUGGACUCUGCUUUCACCUGGCAGGAAUAUGAGCAAUUUUUAUUUAGCAGAUAAACAGUUUAUGACCAGUUUAUUUCAACAAAUACCUGUAUGUUUGAGAAUAACAUUGAUAUUGAAUAUUGUGUAAUAAAUGUGCCAUAUUGUACAUAUGACAAGAAUGUGGCCUAAGGAACUUAAAAGGCAUCGCUUCAAUAGAAUUAGUGGAAAUACCUAAAGCACGGAAUCUAAUUGGUCUAGAGGAAAAACUAAAUAAGUUACUAACAAUGUAGAGCUGGAGGUUGAUGUGAUCAGAGACUAUUAGUAGGGCUGAAUACGUCACACAUGCAGCCAAACAACGCAGCAUCAAUAACAUCAUGACAUAAUCAGUCCAGCGGACGUAUGAUACUCUGCAAACCUUGCAGUCCUAACAACGUUAACACAAGAUAAUCUUAUGAUGCCGUCAAUCAGAGAAGAAUGUGCUCCCCAGAUCAGAAUUCAUUUGAUUUCCUGAAACAUAAAGUCAAAUGUGUUAAAGUAACAUUGCAAUGACCACAUAUUGUUUGCUAAUAUUUUGUCAGACAAAAAAAGUGAAAAGGUAAAAUAUGAUAUGCUAAUGACUCAAAGAUAGACACUGUUUCUAAUUAAACGUGAACUAAAGCUUUAUUUAAAUAAUAAAACAUGUUUUCUACACAGAAGUCAUACAAAAUAAUGCACUAGUGCAGUCUCAUUUGAGUCAAUAUCAGUGCCCAGUUUUUCUAGUCUCUCUGUGGUGCUAACCCUGGGUCAGUUUGGUGUUUUACCUCUUCAUAGAUGUUGAUGUGACUGGGGUGUGAACA